AUGUGUGUUCCACUCUACGAACGUUUUCGACGGUCAGCCACCUCGAUCACAUCGCGUCUCAAUUUGAAUUCCGUUUCGAGUUCGAGCAGUAAAGAUCAUCUCACUACACCAUACAGACGAUGUCAACAACAACAGCAGCAACAGUCAAGUAGCGAUAGUGGACAGCAAAGUUCCAGUAAAGAAUAG